AUGCUGUGGAGCUGGCAUUUGCUUAUAAUCGUAUCACUUACUUUCGCAGUAAAAGGUAUUGCUGCUAAAGCUAAUUCUACAGAAGCUGCUGCAGUAAAAACAACCGUCAAAAGUGAUGGCAAAAUUAAAACAAAGGUAUCUGAAGGAAAAAAUUAUAAACUAACAUAUUUCAAUGUUCGUGGUCGUGCUGAAGUAAUACGACUUUUAUUCGCCUUAGCAAAUGUCAGUUACGAUGAUAACCGUAUUACCCGGCAAGAAUGGACUUCUUUAAAACCUAAAAUGCCUUAUGGCCAGGUUCCAGUUCUAGAAGAGAACGGUAAACUGUUAGCUCAAAGUCAUGCGAUUGAAAGAUAUUUGGCUCGAAACUUUGGUUUUAUGGGAAGUAAUGCAUGGGAAGCUGCUAAAAUUGAGGAGCUUAUGAUAGGUACAGAAGGUUUGUGGGAAAAACUACUUAAAUGGGCUCAUGGAAGCAACGAAACCGAGAAGGAAGAAUUAUUGACAGAACUCGAAAAAGACGAAAUCAGUUCAUUUUUGACUCGAUAUGAAGGAUUUCUGACUUCUAGCAGCAGUAGUUAUUUAGUUGGGAAAAAGAUAUCCUUGGCAGAUUUGACCCUAUUCAACGUUAUAAAAACCUUUGUUGAGUAUCUACCUGCUGAUUAUUUGAAACAGUAUCCAAAACUUAACAAAUUCAUGACAAAAAUUGGCUCCAAUCCACAAAUAAAAAAAUGGAUUGAAAUGAGACCCAAAACAAAUUUUUAA